AAACUUAUAAAAAGGCCAUGUCUCUCCUUUGUUGUGAAUCACUGAGCAAGAGGUCUUCUUGGAGUGUACCUGGAGCGGAUAACGGAUUUUCCCCGAAGUAAAUCUGGUAGUAUAACCAUGGCUCAUCUAAGCCAGAAUAUACUUCUACUUAUGCUGCUUGUUCCUGCGACUCUGGCAUGUGUAAGGAGUUUAGGAGGAGGUGCUACCUACGAUGGACCUGAUCAAUGUCAUGGUUUGCAGUGCCCAAGAUACAGAAUCGUCACCGAGGUUCCCAAGAAAUACGAGAAGCGAGUUUAUGAGCCCGCCAAGUGGGUAUCUACCACAGUAAUGGGUCUUACUCAUGAUGAAGCUACAGGUACUGGAUUCAUGAGACUGUUCGACUACAUACAGGGUGAAAAUGACGAAAAAAAGAAGGUUGAGAUGACCGCUCCCGUUGCGGUAAGGGUCAUCCCUGGACAAGGUCCAGCUUGUGAGACCAAUUUCACCAUCUAUUUCUUCGUUCCCUUUGAGUACCAAGAAGCCGCCAAUCCACCCCCUAACCCAAGCAAUCCUGAUGUGAGCAUUGUUGACUUCCCAGAAUUGACGGUUUAUGUUGGAAAAUUUGGAGGAAGGGCCGAGGACGACGACUGGAUUGAGAAUGAAACAAAACUGGGAAACAUCUUGACCGAACUGGGAAUAACCUUUGAAGAGUCAAUGUACUACACAGCCGGCUAUGACAGCCCGUUCAGAUUAUGGGACAGGCAUAAUGAGGUCUGGCUUCUCGCAAAAGACGCGGAAGACGCAGGAGAUGCGAAUGUAAUAGAGCCUUUGUAAGAACUCAAUAAAAAAAAACAUUAGUUAUUUAUUGAUGACGUAUUCGUGACGUAACACUAUACAGUCACCGAUACAACUUGCUGCAUGAAGUGGACAUCGUUUGGUCACAACUUGGAAGGAAAAUAGAAUACGAACGUACACUGUAAAAACUGUGGUGUUAAAAUUGACACCAAUUGGUGUUAAUAGAGGACCACACACUGAGGUGUUAAAAUAACACCCUAGAGAUUGAACACAACACCAAAGAGUGUAAAUGUAACAACCAUAGGUUUUGUAAUAACACCUAUAGGUGUAAAACUAACACCACGGAUUUAACACCGGUGUAAAAUAACUGGUGUGGGCCUCUAUGUACACCGGUUAUUAAACACCACAGUUUUUGCUGUGUAUUUAGUUAUGGCAGUGUGGAUAGAUUGUAUGUCGUAAAUAUGUAGACCAAUGUCUACCCAGGCGAUAAUUGUUAUAGUGAGAGAAUUCCCUGGUAUAACCAUGAAGUGAUUACAAUUGCACAAUCAAAUGGUCACUAAUUAUUAUGAAAGUUAAAUGCGCAAUAAACUGAAUAAAAUCAA